AGUUUUGAUUCAAACAUUAGAAACGUUUGUUUUCAGUCUAAUAUUCAUCAUAUUAUAUUUGUACUUUAAAAAUAAAUUUAAAAAUGAUUAGUAAUAAUUUUCAUUUGUCUGAUAUUUUGAAAAUUGUUUUUUUUAUGCUUCUUUUAACACAUUGUGUUUUCGCAGUAUAUGAUGAAAUAGAUAUACAAGCUCCUGAUUAUAAUACCAUUUUCGACAAUUCAUUUUUAAAUGUAAUAAGUACAAUUGAACACGAUAUAAUACAAUGGAUUAAUGUAAAAGAUAAAAAUAGUAUCAAUUAUUCACUAAUAAGUCCAGAUGAUGUAGAAUUACUAUCAAAAGCCUGUGAAGAUGAUUAUAUUUGUAGACAAAAAAAAAUUAACAGUUUAAGCAAUUUAAAAAGAAUUCUUGAAUCUUUGGAAUGUUUUCAUGUUUUUUUAAGUCUCCAAAUUUUAAAUGUUUUUAAAAGCGAUAUUAGGAAAUGGAAAGAACAUUCAAAUCAUAAAUUCAUAUUAAUAUAUAAAUAUGUGAGAGAUUACGCGAUAAAAAUGAUUUCAUUUUUUAUUUAUGGCAAGUAUAUAGUUAACUCAUGGCAAUUUAACUUUUCAAUGAAUGUUAUUAAUAUGGUGAGUCUUGAAAAAGAUAAGAAUAAAUCGUUUGAAGAUAUAUUGGACUAUAUUAAUGAUCCAUUAUUAUUAAAAUCUAUGAAUGAAUUUUGCGAAAAUUGUAAAAGAUCUGAUCAAUUUUUUGCAUCAUUUACUUCAGUUUUAACUAUCGAUAAUCCAAAAAUUUUGAGUCGAUUCAAAAUUUCUGAUAGCGUUAAAAGUUAUAUGAGGAAAAUUUUAUUGAAAAUAAGUAUUCCUUGUGCAAUUAAGUUGAGCAAAAUAGCUCAUUUCUUAAUAAAAAAAGCAAACCAACAAAAAAAAGAAAUUGACCCAGAUUUUGAAAAAAAAAAAUAUGAUUUUCUUAAUAGUAUUAAAUUAAAUAAACUCGAAAUUGAAACUUAUGAGAAAAAUACUGUAAGUGGCGGAAGUUGGCAUACAGAGGAAAAAAUUCAAGGAAAACGUCUUAAGGCUAGUUAUUUUUUUCAAGCAUGUAAAAUAAAUCCAACAACGCCUGGAGAGAGAAUAUUGAAAAAAAUAACACACAACAACAAAAAAAAUGAAGUCAUUAUAAUCGAAAAUAACUUACACAACAAAAAUUAUGGCAUUUAUUACGAAAAAGUAGCAAUAAAUGAAUUUGAAAACAAAAUGAAUAUAAAGAUUGAACCAUGUGGUGUAUUUAUUGAUGAAAAUUUGAACUAUUUAGUUGCAAGUCCAGAUGGUUUGAUUGGAAAGGAUGGUAUUGUUGAAGUGAAAUGUCCUUUUAACGCCAAAUACAUGCCUCCUGAAGAUGCUAUUAAAAGAUAUAUUAUAAAAUACCUCUACAUUAAUAAUAAUGGAAAUCUUAUAAUUAAACCCCAGUCUGAUUGUUUUUAUCAAAUACAAGGAGAAUUGCAUAUAACAAAAAGACAGUAUUGUUAUUUAAUUAUUUGGACUCAAAAAGGAAUGUUAUAUACAAAAAUAGAUCGUGAUGACGAAUUUUGGAAAAACAAUAUGGAAAAUCAGCUAAUUGAUUUUUACAUAAACCGUUUGCUACCUGUAUUAAUCAGUCCUCAAUUACUUAUAAAAAAUUAAAUUCAAUCUAGUUAAUGUGAUUUUUGUUUCAAUAUUUAAUAAUAAGUUGACUGUAUUUUCUUGAAAUUUUUGUUUUAGAGAAAUGAAAUAUCAGUUUUAUUUGAAAUAUAAGUAUAAUAAUUACCACUUAAUUAUUGAAAUAAAAU